AUGGGAGGGGACUUCGCCGCCGACUUCACGUUCGACAUCGGCGACGGCGAGGAGCGCGGGCAGGCGCCAUGGGAUUUCUCAGAGGCCAUGCGAGGCGCCCAGCGUGACAAGGCGAGUCGCGGCACGACCGUCGACGAGAAGGUCAGGGCGCACAAGGCCAGCGCCGCGGCCAACGGCGACGCCAGCAGCUCGGGCGACGAGUCCGGGUCGGACGGCGACAGCUCCGAGGACGACAGCGACAUCGAGGAGAAGUACGAGGGCAGGGCCGGGCGCGGCCGCGGUGGCGGAGCGGCGGCCGACGCGAGCGGGGACAGCGAGAGUGACGCGUCAUCGGACGACGACGACGUGGCGUCAAGCGACGCCGGGGAGGGGUCGAGCGGCGGAGGGGGCAGCAGCGAGGAGGAGGACGCGUCGGGCGAGGAGGCGAGCGAGGAGGGCGCCCCGGCGGCGGGGCCUGCUGCGGGGGAGGGCGUCGCCGACAGCGGAAGCGAGGGCGCGAGCAGCGACGAGGACGGCGGGGAGUCGAGCUCCUCCGAGGAGAGCGAGAGCGAGAGCGAGAGCGAGAGCGAGAGCGAGAGCGAUGACGAGGACGAAGAAGGUGCUGGUGCGGGGGCGGGUGCAGGCAAGGCGGGAUACUUCGCGGAGACGCCCGGCGGUACGCGGUUCACGGCCAAGUCCUUCGCGGACCUGAACCUCUCGCGGCCGCUCGUGCGCGCGUGCGCGGCGCUGGGCUACAAGGCCCCGACGCCGAUCCAGGCCAUCGUGAAGGGCGUGACCAAGGGCGGGCGCGCGGGGGAGCUGAAGGCGCGCGUGGUGCCGGCGCCGGCGGUCGCGUCGUGGCAGAAGAAGCUCGAGCGGCUGGAGAACGACUACCGCGCGAUCGUGGCGGAGGAGCGCGAGGAGCGGGCGUUGCGCAAGGCGGAGAUGGAGGUGGCAAAGGCGGAGAACAUGCUGACGCACAAGCAGGAGAUCAUGGCGCGGCCGGCGCGGACGUGGUUCCAGAGCGAGAAGGACAAGCGCGAGGGGAAGAAGCACCGCGCGGGCGAGGGCGUGGAGGGCGGCGAGGACGACGCGGGCGCGGGCGGCGCGGGCGCGGAGGGUGGGAGGGCGCCGCAGCAGCACAAGAGCGCGGCGAAGAUGGCGCGGAAGGCGGAGAUGAAGAUGCAGCGGCUGAAGGACCGGCAGCGGGAGGAGGCGACGGGAAUCAAGCGGCGGAAGCUGUCGGCGGAGGAGGUCGAGAUGGAGCGGACCAAGGGGGCGGCGCGGGGGCUGAAGUCGGUGCAGAAGCAGCUGAUGGCGCAGGGGAUGACGGCGGGGAUGGCGGCGAAGGUGGCGGCGCGGCAGGUCGCGGCGGCGCGCGGCGGGGCGAAGAAGCAGGAGCGGAAGAAGAAGAAGGGUGACAAAGGGGGGCUGUUUGGGGGGGGGGCGGGCGAGGACGCGCUCGCGGAGCUCGGGCGGACGAAGGUGUACGCCGGCGGCGGGCGGUCGCGGGCGGUGCGGGCGCCGAAGACGAAGGCGGGGGUGUCCAAGGCGGAGGAGAACAGGCUGCGGCGCGGGGGCAAGGGCGUGAAGGCGUUCAAGUCCAAGGCGAAGUUCAAGCGCAGGAAGUGA